AUGGUACGACUAAUUGUAAUUGGCAUUGCGCUGGUGGUAGCUAUGGGAGGGUUCGUUUAUGGCUUUGACUCUGGAAUUAUCGCGACAACUCUCGGCCAAUCUAGUUUUAAGAGUUACUUCUACGGACCGACACUUGUCAACACGUCACUCUCUGGCGCUAUUGUAUCGGUUUACAAUGCCGGCCAGGCUAUCGGUGGGCUGACCAGUGGUUUCCUUGCGGACAAAUUCAGUAGAAAAUACGCCAUGUCUGCUAUGGCUUUCCUUUCAAUUAUUGGAGCUAUCCUUCAAACCGCUUCUGUCCAUGUCGCCAUGAUGAUUGUAGGUCGCCUGUUGGCUGGCAUUGGAUGUGGCAGUCUCCUCUCAGUCGUACCAGUUUACCUUGCCGAAGCAUCGCAGCCCGAUAGUCGAGGAUUUCUCGUCGGCCUUCAUGGGAUGAUGAUUGCCAUUGGUUUCGGUGUAGCGAACUGGGUUGGCUUUGGAGGGUCUUAUGCUUCUUCACAUGCCCAGUGGCGCAUUCCGCUGGCAAUGCAGAUCCCCGUUCCCAUCUUCAUGAUGGUCGGCUGCAUUUAUAUUCCAUUCUCUCCCCGGUGGCUGGUUCAACAAGAUCGUAUCGAAGAAGCCGAAAAAGUCCUUCACAAACUCCAUGGCAUCGAAAACGAGAGUCUUGCUAGUCAGGAACUCAUCCAAAUCCGAGAGCAGCUUGGCUUUGAGCGUAGCCAAGGAAGCGCUUCCUGGUCCUUCGCCCUCAAGAAGAUGUUUUCUAAACAGUACCUCCGCCGAACCGCCACCGCGACGUUCAUCGUAGCCAUGGGCCAGCUCAGCGGCUCGCAGGUUAUACAAAACUUCCAAAGCAUAUUCUACGAGACCGUCGGCUUUACCGGCAAAACGUCUCUUCUUAUCAGCGGUAUAUACGGCAUGAUGGGGAUCAUUGGCCAAAUUAUCUACCUGACGGUUGUGGCAGACCGUUGGCCUCGUGUCAGAACACUCUGGAUUGGCUCCGUGCUCUUGAGUGUUAUGAUUGCUGUCUGCAUGGCCUUGAGUGCGCAAUAUGGCUCGAAAGAUUCGCAAAAUGAGAAUGGCGCGCGUGGUGCCAUUGCCAUGAUCUUUUUGUACUCUGCGCUGUACGCUGUCUUUUUCAACGCCAUGGUCUGGGUUGUGCCCUCGGAGCUCUUCCCCUUCUUCUUGCGUUCCAAAGGUCUCGCUUUUGCCGUUUUUACGAAGUCGGUUAUUGCAAUUGCGCUGUCUCAAAUCACUCCUAUCGCCAUUAAGAAUGUCAGCUGGAGAUAUUACAGCUUGUAUAUCGCCACGAACUUGACGGCGGGCCUCAUUUAUUUCUUUUUCCUCCCAGAGACAUCCGGGAAGUCUCUUGAAGAGAUCGCUGAGCUGUUCGGUGACACUCUUGCGACUGAACAGAUCGGCUCUAUCAACGUUAAAGAAAAGAUGAAGGCCAUGGAAGAACAAGACGGCGAACAUGCUCAUGUUGAGGCUACAAAGAAAGCUUAA